AUGGCCUCAAGGCGUACCUUCUCGUGUGAUGGACAUCAAAUAAAUGCAACCAAAAGGAAUCCUCUACCAAGCAAAGUGUUGAUUGCAAAUCGUGGAGAGAUUGCAUGCAGAGUAAUUCGAACAUGUAGAAGGCUAGGAAUCCGAACCGUAGCCGUAUACAGUGAAGCAGAUGCAAGAUCAGCGCAUGCUCUCUUGGCCGAUGAGGCUUACUGUAUCGGUCCUGCACCUUCGGCUGAAUCGUAUUUACGUAUGGAUCGUAUCAUUGAAAUAUGCAAACAAACGGGUGCAGAAAUGGUUCAUCCUGGCUAUGGAUUCUUGUCUGAAAAUGCAGAUUUUGCAAACAACUUACAUGCUGCUGGAAUUAAGUUCAUUGGACCUCCUGCUCAAGCGAUCAUCUCCAUGGGCUCAAAGAGUGCUUCAAAGGAGAUCAUGACUGAGGCUGGAGUGCCUUGCGUGCCAGGAUAUCAUGGAAGUGAUCAGUCCGAUGUCAAGCUAAAGGAAGAAGCUCAAAAGAUUGGCUUCCCAGUUCUGAUCAAAGCCGUCAAAGGAGGUGGUGGGAAAGGUAUGAAGAUCGUGACAAAAGCGGAAGAAUUCGAUGAACAAUUACAGAGUGCAAGAAGAGAGGCUUUGACGUCUUUUGGAGAUGGGGAUGUGUUGAUUGAAAGAUACUUGACCAAACCGAGACAUGUUGAAGUGCAGAUCGUAUCAUCAGGUGCACCCUUCAACGAACAUGUUGCUAUCAGCACGCGCGAUUGCAGUGUUCAGAGACGUCAUCAAAAGAUCAUCGAAGAAGCACCUGCACCUCAUCUGUCUCCUGAGGUCGAAAAAGACCUUUGCGAUAAAGCAACAGCUGCCGCUCGAGCCGUUGGGUAUGAAGGAGCAGGUACCGUAGAAUUCAUCUUGGAUGCCGAUACGGGAGAAGCAUGGUUCUUGGAAUGCAAUACACGUUUGCAAGUUGAACAUCCUGUUUCAGAAAUGGUUAGUGGGAUUGACUUGGUGGAAUGGCAAUUAGAAGCUGCUUCAGGUAAUUCUUUGCCGCUACGUCAAGAUCAGAUUGGUAAACGCGGUCAUGCAUUUGAAGCACGUAUCUAUGCAGAAGAUACCCGUGCCAACUUCUUACCUGACGUUGGUCAUUUGAGCCACGUUGCUUUUCCCGUUCCGACUACUGCGCUUCUUUCACCACCUCCUCUGUAUGGCUCUGUCAGUGGAGACAGUGAAGGUGUAGAAGCUUUGUCAAGUGUUCGUGUUGACACUGGUGUGGCAACCGGGGAUGAGGUCAGUGUGUAUUACGACCCGAUGAUUGCAAAAGUUAUUGUUCACGGAAGAGACCGCCUCGAAGCCCUUCGAUUGAUGCGUGCAGCUCUACAAGAAACUCAUAUUGUUGGACCAAAGACCAAUGUUGAUUUCUUAUCUCGCCUUUGCGAACAUCAAGCUUUCAUCGAUGGAUCCGGAUUGGAGACAGGAUUCAUUGGAAAGUACAAGUCGGACUUACAUCCUCCUCUGCAAUCACACAAAGCACCAGAUCAAGAGACGGCAAUUCAUGCUGCACUGUUCCUAGCAGUCAAAGAACAAUCUAUACCUUCUUCAACUUUCAUACUCAGAAGAAGGGCAAAGAGAAGUGAUGCUGCAGAUGGAGCAAAAGAGGAAGAAGUGGAAACGAGUUCGGUAACAGUCACACGUGUACCCCAUCUACCAAAUCGAUACCAAGUCAGUAUUGCAAACGAGCACCCUGUUGUGGAGAAUGGCUAUGACAACAAAACUUCUUCUGGUCGAUCAAAUAUCAAAGUGAUCACUCGUUCCGCGGCACCUUCAGGUCCUAUCUCAACGAAAGAGCGCUUAGACUUGUUUGUUCACGGAACAGGAGCGCAUUACGAGCUAGACGUAGUAGCACCCAAUUGGUACGAAGAGGUGAAGGGCGCAAAGAUGGCAGAAAAAGGUAGCUUGAUCGCACCUAUGCCAAGUAAAGUAGUUGAUGUUCGAGUUCAAGUAGGACAAGAAGUACAAGAAGGUGAUAUUGUCGUUGUCUUGGAAGCAAUGAAGACUGAACAUACCUUACGAGCACCCAAAGCGGGAGUCGUAGCCAAGAUUGCGGUAGAGAAAGGAGCAAUGUGCGCUGAAGGAACGGAACUUGUUCAAUUCGAAGAAGAAGGCAAAGAGGAGGAGAAAUAAUUUAUAGUGAUUCAAUUGAUGUAGAUUUAAGCAGAUUUGGUUUGAGUUGCAGUAUUGUGUCUCCUUUUAAAUCUUCUUGCCAGGUCCGGUAAGCUUGCAAACAGCUGUGUAUGGCAUGAGAAUAC